AGAAAAGAGUGAAUGUAAAUGCAUGGAACUUACUUGAUUAAGAAUGGUUUGAGAUAGGAUGUUGAAGUUUUCCACAAAAUCGCUCUCAAGAAGAAGAAUGAGUGGUGUUGUUGGUGUUUAGAAGAAAAAACGUAACUGAGAGGAGAAGUUCAGCUUCUGUUUCUAUAUCAGUUAACUUCGGUUAACAAAACUCGAAGGGAAAAGCGAACGAUUUCUAUUAACCGAUUUUUUUUAAAGUUCGAUUCGUAUAACCCGAAACACCGUGCAGGGGCAAAAACGUAAGUAAGGGGGUAUAAAAGAAACGUGGGGGGCCUAAAGAGAAAAUAUCCUCAGCUCUUCCUUCAACUAUCUCUUUGGACAUUGGAAUGUCUUGAAGAUUGUUCUAUAUAGCCUUUUCAGCUUCAUCAUCGGCUUCUUGAAUUUAUUUGCAAACAAAUGGCAACACUCAACAAGUCAUUGGAUUAAAGCUCACGCAGCUUUUUUGGUAUUAACAAUCACUACACUCUACUCAUUCUUCUUCGAUAAAUUAAUGAAGGGAAAACCAGAUGCAUAUAGUCUACUUUCAUGUGCUGCUUUUGCUAUCAUGUCACUGAGUUUGUCGCGGGAAACUCAGUCCGGAUUCAAAAUCGAUCUUAUAUAUUUUUUCCUCGGAAGUCUAAUUCUGCAACUCAUGAAGAUUAAAUUGCUAUUAUGCAUUCCAGGAGUAGGUUUCGGUUACUUAAUUUUUAUUCUUCGUUCUCAUUUCUCUUCUAUAAAUGAUGCAAUUCAAGCCGAGUCACAUUCACAACAAUUGGUCAGUACUAUUGAUAAUGACGAUCCCACUAGUCUUCAAGAUGAAAAUCUGAAUGUUAUUGUCGAUCCACAUUCAACACAACUGGCCAGUACUAGUACUGCUGAUAUUGGAGGUAGUAUGCUGGAAAAAAUUAGUGAUUGUGUGAAGGCACUUCGGCAAGAAAAUUCAACUCUCAUGGAAAUGCUUAUGGAAAAGUUGAAAGAUUACCUUAGUGACGAUUCUGGAUUUAAUGUGUCUGACCCAGACUUCAUGAUCAUGGCCUUGUCAACUGAAACAAUCGACAACCUUCACAAAACAGCCAAGUUGAUGGUUCGUGCUGGGUUAAAGUGUGAACUCUCCGACGUAUAUACCAGUUCCCGGAGGGAAUAUUUGGUCGAAAGCCUCUCAAGAUUAGGGUUCAAGAAACUCAGCAUUGAAGACCUUCAGAUGUUGUCAUGGAAAGAAAUUGAAGAUGAGAUUAAAAGAUGGAUCAAAGCUUCCAACGUGGCUUUGAAGAUAUUGUUACCCGCCGAACACAAACUCUUCGAUCAGGUUUUCUUUGGAUUCUCCUCCACUGCUGAUUUAUCGUUUAUGGAUGUUUGCAGGGAAUCCACACUUCAGCUGCUGGAUUCCGCUGAUACUAUCGCCAUAGGAAGUCGAUCACCUGAGCGGUUGUUUAGAGUCCUCGACAUGUUUGAAACAAUGCGUGACCUAAUAAUUCCAGAGUUUGAGUCUUUGUUCCCUUAUCAAUACAGUGGAUCCCUGCAAAUCGAAGCAAUGGCAACUUGCAAGGGAUUGGGGGAAGCAAUCAGAGGCAUUUUCAUAGAGUUUGGGAAUCAGAUUUCGCAAGAUUCAACGGAGGAAAUAUAUCAGAAAGAUGAACUUCCCUCGAUCACCAGUUACGUGAUGGAUCAUCUCUGUGCUGCUAGUCGGUCACGGAAGACCUUGGAGCAAGUGUUCGACGGAGAUUAUGGGGAUCCAUUGAAGGAAUAUCCUAAAAUUGAGGAUAGAGUGCAUUCCUGUUCCGAUCUCUCAGUACAGAUGGGUUUGAUUAUGAAGCUAUUAUGGAACAAGUUGGCCGCUAUAGCCAAAUACCAUGAAAAUGUAUUGAUAUAUAACAAGUUACCUCUGUGGCACUCUGGUUUCUUGAUGACAAACAGGAAGUACAUUGCUCAAAAAGCUGAAGAUAGUGAAUUAGGAGCUAUUUUAGGAGAUAACUGGUUCAUCAAUAAUCUACCUGGCCUAUUUCCCUCACAUCCCAUUGAUUUAAAUGAGUUGGCAGACAUAAACGUUUUUCUGCCAGGUCAAAAAGUUGCUUAUAAGCUUAAAAGAACAUAAGACUUUUUUUUAUAACUGUUUUUAUUUUAAGUAGAUUAUGAGCUUAUUGCUAAUAGUUUAUCAUAUUUUGUAUCAUAUUUAUUCUUACUUUUUAAUUAAAAUUCACUUUUACCCUCUA